AUGUCUACAGACGCGCUACUGGAAGAGGCAGCUCGCGAUGGCUCAUUAGAUAUAAUGGCCUCGCGUGCUCGAAAGUGUGCUCCAGAAGCUGCACAAUGUCUGCUGCCCUUGCUUGCUCGCAUCUCGACCAUCAUCCAGCUGACAUGCCGCCAGAUUGUAUACAACGACUUCCCGAUACCGACCAUACCUCUGCCUGUACCCUUACCAUCAACGAUCGAUCCCGAAGUUGUUGCCUCCACCCCACCAGCACUUCUCAGCAACCACGAUGAGCCCGGAGCCCAUGACUUGCCUACCGCAGACGAGAACGAGCCACCGGCCGGUAGUCAGAGCAGCACGAAAGAGAACGAUGAGCCUGCCGAGCUAGCAGCUAGGCCACCCCCAGCAGCUGCAUUCGAGGUCAAUCGCACACAGUCCGCAGUCCAGCCUCCGGAUAGCCUAGAAACGCCAGCAGGCACCCUGCCGCCAGAUCUGCUGGGCUCAUACCACUACUCAACUCGCAUGUUGGAGCAGAACUUCUCUCGCAGCCCGCCAUAUACCAUUCAACGACUAGCAGAGCUCGUGCUCUACCCACGAAAACACUACCGCUUCCUGCCAGCCUACCUACGAGCACUGGAUCGAACGGUCUCCGUCACUUCACCCGCUUCGGAGUUCCCGCUCCCUCAGCUCACAGCGGCAGCGAAUGCAGAGAAUGGCGACUUCUUGACCAACGGCGAGACCACGCAGCCUUCCGAAAGAGAUAGUCUGGGAAGUGAUGAGAGUCUGGGUGGAGCUCUGUUGACACCUAUACCAUGGCUACGGAAUAACGGUGGGCCACUGACGGGGAAUGGCAACGGUGCUGGUCAGGACGGAGAAUUGCACAGUGAGAGCACGGAGACGAUCGAUGGACCACAUGGUGCAGGCAGCAUCGAGACUGUGUCUGUCACCGUCAACGGCUUCUCAUCGACCACGGCCAGCAACUCACACACAUCGCCAUCCUCUCCAACAUUGUCCGAGCAGUCUGACGCGAGCUCGUCUAGUAGUACCAGCCUCGAGUCAACUGACGCGCAAUUACGGCAGCAGGGCGGCGUCACACAAGGAGAGCUUUUACGGCAGGAGCAGGAAGCUGGCGUGGUACCCGUCUCACAAGCUGCUCCGCGAAGAUCACUAAUCUCUGGUGGUGCAGCAGCUGUAGGUCGCGAAUCAGCAUCAGCGGCCGACGUGCCCAGGGACACGGCAGCAGACAUCGCAAUGGACGACCGAUCACCAGAAGAGACACCACACGCACGAGGACCAGAAGAGAUCGGUAUGGAAGACAUGGGACCACAGCAGCAUAAAAUCGGUGCAGUCGCACUCGAUAUGGAAGCAGCGGCAGGCAGAGCGAAGUCGCCACCUGCCGCUGCUCAGCGCCAUCCUGAUACACCCACUACUCAACAGCGCGUGGACGACGUACUAGCUGCAUUACAAGCCGAUGCUGAGAUGCAGGAAGCUCGGCAAGACCAUGCUGGUGAGGCUGGUAAGGAUUCUGCUGAUGUGGAGAAGGAGGCGGAGAAGACUAAGGAGGCUGAAGAUCAGGCGAAAGAGGCUGAGGCGAAGGAUGCAGAUGGCGAUGUCAUUGUUGCCGAUGCUGAUGGAAGGCCUGUGGAAGAGGCGGAGAAGCAGAGCGGGACGCGCAGGCUUGAUGCUCCGGAGGGUGAUGUGGCUGCUUCGCGAUGA